AUGGAAUCCACAUACCGGAUUGCCUUGCAAUUCCCAGAGGAGGAGCAGGCCAUUUGGGCGUACAGGUCAUUUACGAACGCAUCUCAACCACCACAUCCUCACAACACUGUGCCCGCAGAGAAGAGCUGUAAGAUAAGGGACUGGCGAGUUGGCGAUUUAUCGAUAAGCAGCAUCAAAGAAAUGGAUUUGGCAGCGGAUGCGGAGGACAAGGAUUUGCUCCUUUCGCAGUAUCUUGGGCAUGGUAUAAUAAGACUGUUUCGGUUAAACGAAAAGGACUCAGCGGCAACUACGGAGCAUGAUCUUUUGACUAUUCCAGGUGAUGACACGAUGGUGUCUAUUUUAUUUGUUCCUACCUAUUUCACGGUUCGCGAUUUACUGCAUUAUUACAUUGGCGAUGAGAUAGUCAAUAAUCAAGUGUCGAAUUUCCGCAUAUUAAGGAACAAGAAGUGCGAAUUGGGAUUCAAUUUCAUGGUUUUGAUGAAGUUCAAGGACCCGCUCAUGGCCAAGGGUUUCAAAGAUGAAUUUAACGGGAAAAGAUUCAGCAAGAUGGACCCUGAGACUUGCCAUGUAGUCUCGAUUAAAGAGGUUGUCUUCGAAAGGAGCGUAUUUGAUAAGAAAGAGGGAACAGAAAUACCAUAUCUUCUCAGCGAUCCCUUCACUACUCAGAGAUAUGAUAACCUGAAAAUACCCGCCCAGGUGGAACUGCCCACCUGCCCGGUCUGUCUCGAGAGAAUGGACUCGGAAACCACAGGGCUUAUCACCAUACCAUGCCAGCACACGUUUCACUGUCAGUGCCUUGAAAAAUGGAAAAAUUCUAGGUGCCCGGUGUGCAGGUACUCCAGUAUAAGGCUCAGCAGAAACUCCGCUGUGCGACAAAAUGGUGAAAACAGUGGCUGCAGCACUUGUGGCUGUCAUGAUAACUUAUGGAUAUGUCUGAUUUGUGGAAACAUAGGCUGCGGCCGUUACAAUUCAAAGCACGCUAUACAACAUUAUGACGACACAUCGCACUGCUUCGCUAUGGACAUGCAGACACAAAGGGUCUGGGAUUAUGCUGGAGAUAACUAUGUGCAUAGGCUUGUUCAGAAUGAAGUUGAUGGUAAACUCGUGGAGGUGGAGGUCGAGGCUGAACGACCCAUUCCAAGCAGCCAGCCGCAGUCAAGCGGUCAUAGUGGUUCUAAAACGAUGGAAAAAGAUAGUUCAGCCGCAAGUUUUAUGCGAAAUAAAGAAUAUCAUCUUGAAUACGUGCAGGUGCUCGUGUCCCAAUUGGAAUCCCAGCGAGAAUUCUUCGAGAUGAAGCUGCAACAGGCACAAUCCGCAAACACAGAGGGAUCUGAAGUCGAUCUCCUCCGAAAAGAAAUCGAAGAGUUGAAGGUUUCUUUUAAGGAGUGUCAACAAACCUUUAAGCAGCAAAACGCAGCUAACGCAAGACAGAGGGAUGAGGACAAACUUGUCAUACAAGGCUUGCAAGAAAAUUUGGAUCACAUCAGCCGAGAAAGGGAUAAAAUUGCAAUCGAGAAAGAACAAUUAGCAAAAGAGAAGCAGGAACUGGAAGAGCAAGUUCAUGACCUUAUGUUCUAUCUAGAAUCGCAGGAAAAGUUUAAAGACGCUGACGCCAGCGUCAGGGAGGGCACGAUCAUUAUCCAAGAUCCGAAACAAUCUUCGACAGAUAAUAAUUCAAAACCCAAAAAAAAGUCGAAAAGCAAGCGCAAGCCUAGAUGA